AAGUUGUACGGCGGGUCCCUCAAUUCAUAGAGAGAGAGGACGUUCUGGGAAGUGGAACCGCUCUUCGCCAUCACACUUUUCAGUAUGCAAUGGUUUGAUGAAUCCUUUGAGAUUAGCAUAUAAUUUCACCAUUUCGGUACUUUAGCUCACAAAGCUGAAGGAAGCAGGGAUCAAAGACCGAGUCUAAACAAGAGAUGGAAGAGGACCACUUAUCAACAAUUACUUUAGAUGGAGAGAUAACUGGGAUCAGGUUUAAUUUAGCAACUUCUCAAGAAAUUUGUACAUCAUCUGUCAAUGACUGUCCAAUCAGCCAUCCUAGUCAGCUCACAAAUCCUUUCCUUGGUCUACCCUUGGAAUAUGGUAAUUGUGAAUCGUGUGGUACUUCUGAGCCAGGAAAAUGUGAAGGACAUUUUGGAUACAUUCAGUUACCAGUACCAAUAUAUCACCCUUGCCAUGUUAGUGAAUUGAAGCACAUUUUAGACUUGAUAUGCUUGAAGUGCUUGAGAAUGAAGAUGAGGAAGGUCAAGGAAACUAGUGGAACUGAAAGGUCCUCAAGUGCACCAUGUUCGUAUUGCCCGGAUCUUCCACAAUUAUCAAUAAAGGAAGUUAAGACAACUGAUGGUGCAUGUUAUUUGGAAUUGAAAAUAUCAUCUCGGUCAAGGUCACAAGAUGGUUUUUGGAACUUUCUGGAGAGAUAUGGGUUCCGCUAUGGUGAUGGCUCUCAGCGUACAUUGCUCCCUAGUGAGUCUCUAGAAAUUUUGAAAAGAAUUCCAGAGGAAACCAGAAGAAAGCUUAUUGGGAAAGGACACUUUCCUCAGUAUGGUUAUAUUUUGCAGUAUUUACCUGUCCCUCCCAAUUGUUUGUCUGUGCCUGAUAUUUCUGAUGGAAUCAGUAUCAUGUCUUCAGAUCUUUCUAUCACAAUGCUUAGGAAGGUUCUUAAGCAAAUUGAAAUCAUCAGGAGUUCAAGAUCAGGUGCUCCAAAUUUUGAGUCUCAAGAAAUUGAAGCUAAUGAGUUGCAGUCCACUGUUGCAAAUUAUCUUCAUGUUAGGGGUACUGCAAAGGCUUCUCGUGAUGUGGACACCAGAUUUUCAGUCAGUAAAGGAGUCAAUGAUACUUGUACAAAAGCAUGGCUGGAAAAGAUGAGAACACUGUUCAUUAGUAAAGGGUCAGGAUUCUCAUCUCGCAGUGUGAUAACAGGGGAUGCUUAUAAAGGAAUUAAUGAAAUAGGUCUUCCAUCAGAAGUUGCACAAAGGAUUACAUUUGAGGAGAAGGUGAGCAUACACAAUAUGGAUCAUUUACAAAAGCUGGUAGACAAUAAAUUGUGCCUAACUUACACAGAUGGUCUGUCCACAUAUUCAUUAAGAGAUGGGUCAAAGGGAUAUACAUCUUUAAGAGUUGGCCAAGUUGUACGUCGGCGGAUCAUGGAUGGUGACAUUGUUUUUAUUAAUAGGCCUCCAAGUACACACAAACAUUCACUGCAAGCAUUUUCAGUAUAUGUUCAUGAUGAUCAUACUGUGAAAGUUAACCCCCUUAUUUGUGGGCCCCUUGGAGCUGAUUUUGAUGGUGAUUGUGUUCACUUAUUUUAUCCCCAGUCUUUGGAAGCAAAGUCUGAGGUUUUGGAACUAUUUGCAGUUCAACAUCAGUUGCUUAGCUCUCAUAGUGGAAAUUUGAACUUGCAGUUGGCUAAUGAUUCCCUGUUGUCGCUUAAUAUUUUGUUCAAGAGAUUUUUCUUUGACAAAGCAUCUUCACAACAGUUAGGAAUGUUUGUUCCAAUGGGCUUACCUCAGCCUGCCUUGUUGAAGGCCCACCAUGAUGACCCUGUAUGGACUGCCUUGCAGAUACUGCAGACUGCUUUACCUUCUUGCUUUGAUUCUUCGGAAAGGAGAUACUUGAUUAGUCAGAGCGAGAUAUUGAAAUUUGACUUCAACAAGGAUGCCCUGCAGACCUCCUUUAAUGAAAUAAUUAAUUCCGUUCUCUUUCAGAAAGGCUCCAAAGAGGCACUUAAUGUAGUCAAUUCUUUACAGCCACUUUUGAUGGAACACAUAUUUUCAGUUGGUUUUAGUGUCAGCUUGAAGGAUUUUUCAAUUCCAAGAGCAGUUACAGAAGAGCUCCAUAAAAUGGUUGAAGUCAUUUUACCCCUGCUGCAUCAUUUGAGAUCAGAAUAUAAUGAAAUGGUAGAGUUGCAAGUUGAGAAUCAUCUGAGAAUUGUGAAAGUUCCUGUUGUGAAGUUUAUUUUAAAAUCAUCUAUUCUGGGUAAUUUAAUUGACUCAAAAAGUGAUUCAUCCAUUAAUAAGGUAGUUCAGCAAGUUGGGUUCUUGGGCUUGCAAUUUUCAGAUAGAGGAAAGCUCUACUCUAGGACUUUGGUGGAGGCCUUGACUUCAUUUUUCCGUAGUAAAUAUUGUGUUAAUAGAGAUGGUGAAUCUCCAGAGAGCUUUGGGCUAAUUAGCAGUUGUUUUUUUAAUGGUUUGAACCCAUAUGAAGAGUUGGUUCAUUCCAUUUCUUCUAGAGAAGUGCUUGUUCGGUCAUCUAGAGGGCUAACUGAGCCUGGAACUUUGUUUAAAAAUUUGAUGGCCAUUCUUCGAGAUGUUGUUAUCUGUUAUGAUGGAACAGUGAGAAAUGUAUGUAACAACUCUUUAAUCCAAUUCGAGUAUGGGGCUGACCUUGGAAAUACUCCUCCAAGUUUCUACCCUGCUGGUGAACCUGUUGGUAUUUUAGCUGCAACUGCAAUUUCAAAUCCUGCAUACAAGGCAGUUCUUGAUUCUUCUCCAAGUAAUAAUUCGUCAUGGGAGCUGAUGAAGGAAAUACUACUCUGUAGAGCUAGUUUCAAGAAUGAUCUAAUUGACCGCCGGGUAAUUUUAUACUUAAAUGAUUGCGGUUGCGGGGGAUACUAUUGCAAAGAAAAGGCUGCGUAUAUAGUUCAGAAUCAUCUGAAGAGAGUCAGUCUGAUGGAUAUUGCAGUUGACUUCUCUAUUAAGUAUCAAAAGCAGUGUAUUUUUCCUGGAAAUUCUGUAACAAAUGCAGGACUUGUUGGUCAUAUUCAUCUUGAUAAGAUGAGUUUGAAGGCAUUGAACCGAAGUAUGGCUGAUAUUCUUAAGGACUGCCAGGAGACCCUCAAUUCUUUCAGGAAGAAGAAAGACCAGCUUGGGCAUAUACUGAGGAGGGUCCUUUUGUUAGUUAGUGAAUGCUGCAGUGUUCGACUGCCUGAUAAGGAACGAUCAGAAUUCCCCUGCUUGCAAUUUUUGUGGGAAGACACUUCUAGUGAUUCUAUACAGAGAAUUUCAAAGAUCAUGGCAAACAAAGUCUGCCCAAUUUUAUUGGGGACCAAUAUUAAGGGUGACCCUCAAGUAUUGUCAGCCAACAUAAUGUGGACUAGCCCAGAUGUAUGUUCUUGGGUAAGAAACCCUUGCAAGAUUCAAAAUGGUGAGUUGGUCUUGGAAGUCGUUGUUGACAAAGCAGCUGUCAAGCGAACUGGUGAUGCUUGGAGGGUUGUGCUCAAUUCCUGCCUUCCCGUAAUCCAUUUAGUUGACACAAGACGAUCCAUUCCAUAUGGCAUCAAACAAAUUCAGGAACUACUAGGCAUUUCAUGUGCUUUCGAUCAAGCAGUUCAGCGGCUGUCAUCUUCGGUGAGGAUGGUUACAAAGGGUGUUCUUAAAGAGCACCUCAUACUUGCUGCAAAUAGCAUGACAUGCACUGGAAAUAUGAUUGGUUUCAAUUCAGGGGGUUAUAAGGCAUUACUCCGUUCUUUAAAUGUCCAUGUGCCAUUUACAGAAGCUACACUAUUUACACCAAGGAAAUGCUUUGAAAAGGCUGCCCAGAAGUGUCAUAUGGAUUCUUUGUCAAGCAUAGUUGCAUCUUGUUCCUGGGGUAAACAUGUGACAGUUGGUACAGGGGCUCAGUUUGAAAUUUUAUGGAACAACAAAGAGAUGGGAGUGAAUCAAGAUGGUGAAAUAGACGUGUAUGACUUUCUCCAGUUGGUGAGAGGGUCAAAUGAAGGAGACUCUUUUACUACAUGUUUAGGUCAAGAAAUUGAUGAUCUUGAGCUGGAGAAUGAAGAGAGAGAGUUGAGUUUAUCCCCAAACGUCAAUACUUGUUUCAAUAAACCGGUCUUUGAUGAUAAUGGAUGCUUAGGGGAAGAUUCUUGGGGAAAACAGGCUGAAAAAGAAGGUAUAAAUGGUUGGGACAAAAAUGAAAAGCAACCUGAGGGGGGACAACAGUGGGAACUACAUAGUUGGGAUACUAAUAUGGAACAGAAACAGGCAAGCCAACCUAAAGGUUCACUUGGUUGGGGUUCUYCAGAACCUGUUGACUGGACCGGAAAAGAAGUUACUCAGGGCUGGCAACUGAAACAGUCAUCUGUCAAGCUACAGACUUGGAAAGGAAAAGUUGAAGAAGUGGGCAAAAGUAGCUGGGAAAUAAAUGAACAACAAUCCAGCUUGACACAACAGGGGGAGAGAAGCAAUUGGGACAUUAUUGUGGAACAAAAACAGGGAAAUCAAUGCUCACUUGAUUGGGAUUCCCUGAAGUCCAGUAACACAACCAAAAGUGAAACAAAAACUCAGGGUUGGCAAUCAAAAGAGCCACCUGUCAAAUCACUGACUUGGGAAGGACAGGCUGAAGGAGUGAACAGGAGUGAUUGGAAUGACAACAAACAGGAAUGUGAUUGGGGACAACUGAGGGUUUCAACCACUUGUGACACAAAUGUAGCACAAAAACAGGGAACUCAACCUUGUCUUGGUUGGGGUUCUCCAAAAUCCAGUGGAAGAACCAAAAAUGAAUUGAGAACUGAAGACUGGCAACUGAAAGAGUCACCUAUCAAAUCAYAUACCUGGAAAGAAUGGACUAAAGAAACAGAUGGGAGUGGCUGGUGUGGAAACGAUCAGCAAUCUGACUUGCCACAACAGAUGGAGUCGAGCACGUGGGUCACUAGUAUAGCACAAAAGGGAAGUCAGCCUUCACAUGGUUGGGGUUCUUCAACGUCCAGCAACAAGACCAAACGCGAAAUGAAAACCGAGGGCUGGAAACUGAAAGAAUCCGUUGUCAAACAACAGACUUGGAAAGACCAAGUUCUAGGAACAGAUAGGAGUGGGUGGGACAGAAAUGAACAGCAACUUGACUCAGUUGACUGGGAACAAGGGAAGUCAACUACUUGGGACAGUAAUCUGACACCUAAACAGCAAAGUCAACCUUCACUUGGUUGGAAUUCUCCCAAGUCUAGUGAUGGGGGCAGAAAUGAAAACAAAACUAAGGGCUGGGAAUUGAAAGAACCAAUGAAGUCACAGAACUGGGAAGAACAAACAAGUCAACAGGGCAGUGAAGCACAUCUCCAGUGGGGUCAAAGCAGUGGAUCACCUAUCAAAUCACAUGGUUGGGGUACUAAUGUAAUGAAAAAACCACUAAAACAACCAACCAGUUCACGUACUUGGGGUUCUGGAGAUUGGAAGAACAAGAAAAAUAGAACACCUGGAAAAUUGGAUAGUGGAAAUGAUUGCAACUCAAGUGGAAUUUUCACUGUGAAUAGACAGCGCUUCGAUGUAUUCACAUCUGAGGAACAAAAUAUUCUUUCCAAAAUUGAACCAAUUAUGCAAUCAAUAAAAAGAAUUAUGCACCAGUCCAGGUACAAUGAUGGUGAUCGACUGUCAAUAGAAGACCAGUCAUUUGUAUUAGAAAAUGUGUUCAACUACCAUCCAGAUAAGGCCAUAAAAAUGGGUGAUGGAAUUGAUUAUGUUAUGGUAGAUAAACACAGCAGUUUUCAAAGUAGCAGGUGCUUCUACAUUGUCUUGACAAAUGGUCAUCAAGAAGAUUUUUCAUAUCUCAAAUGUCUGGAGAACUUCAUCAAAGAAAGAUAUCCCGGGAUAGGUGAAUCCUUCGUUAGGAAAUACUUUAAGAGACAUCGUUCUGGAGGUGUCCUUGAGCGAGAAUAGGAGGCUGUUCUGGCCUUUUAGAUAUCUAUUUUGUGGGCCUUGUUAACCUUUUUAGAAUAUGAAUUAGUUGUUUCUACAGUCGUAUGGUUCAUCAGAUGUACAUAUUAGUCCUGUCGUUUAGGUCACACGUGUAUCCUCUUUUUUGCCUACUGUAAUUUUGUAUUGUGUGUGUGUAUAUAUACUAUUACCCCACAUGAACCACAUUUUUUGCUUGUAAGUAGUUGUGUUUCAUUCUUGUGCAACUCAAAAAGGGAAACAUUUAAAAUA